AUGAAUGCAAACACAACUUCUGACAGUGAUGAACUCAUUUUCGGACACUUCACCCCAACUGUUCUGCUGGUAGUCACCUUUGGAACUGUGGUUCUGGGUAUAUGUUCUGUAAUUGCGUGUUACAUCGAUUUUGUCAACAUGAACCGAGGAAUUGGAAAACUGGCAAUCAUACCCGAAAGUACGGAGGACCCUUACCCUGAAAUUUUAAUGUCGGCACUAACUUCUAUUGAAAGCGUGAAAGGAUUACCGUCUAAAGAAGAAACGUCUGGAGGUUCAGCUUCAGUGAAAAUUGCUGAGUUGUCCGCAGAAGCAAAAGACUUGCCAAAAGUGGUUGGGGCACCACCUGUUUUGGGCGCUCAUACAAGACAAGCAAGAAUUAUCGAAGCAAUUUACAAUGCGUCAGGACGAGACGUCCCUCCUCAAUACAAGUCUAAGGAGGCCGCCGGCGAAAAAAUAGUUAUACCUGAGCGCAUACAAGAAACUUUGGAAGGGAUCGCUGACAGGGAUGCAAACGGUGAAGGCUCACCUGUAGCAUCUCCAAGCAAUUUCACACGACAUUUAUUUUUACCGCCGCUGAAAAAAAGAGAUUACAAUCAUGGUGACUUGACCACCACAGCAACUCACGGUCCGAGACCACCUAAGAAACAAGACACAACAGGAGCUGCCGUAAAAGUUACCCCGGACGUCAUCCACUCUGCUCUGAUGACUGCGCCUGGAACAACGCCAACGCAUACUUCCUCUGAAGCGAACUCAACUGGUGGUCAACACACCGCUGCAAUCAAAAGGCCACAAAUUGAGCCUAAGCAAGGAGAAAGCCAGUCACAACCACUUGCUUCAGCAGUUCCACCUACCGGAGUUCUCCAACAUAGAACAUCACGUUCAGCUGCUGAUCACAAAGGAAAACAAUGA